AUGGCAAUCGAUGCUGUAGAAGCAAUAGUGAUUGAAGGAGACGCAGGUUCAGUCCAGAUUGGUGGAUUUGUUGCUCCUACAAAACAGCAUGACAACUUUCGCCAAAAAAUAACGAUAGAGGAAUCAGCAAGCUUGAAUCAGAAACACAAGGCGCAUGCGCCCGGUGCAAGCUGGAUGAACCUGUUUGAUGUAUCAAUUGAAUGUUAUUGCAUUCCAUCAAGCCGUGUUCUGUCCCACCCUACGGCUCUUCUCGGACCCGGUGCCGGUUGCCGCUCAGUUGCAGUUACAACAAUUAACAUUGAAAAACGAGAACAGACGAUUACCAACCAAAGGGCGUCAAAGUUAAAUAGCGCCAUCUAUACACCUGUCAUUCAGUGGUUUGGCAUUGAUGUCAAGCAGCAAGUGCCUCAAUAUCUACCAAUGAAUCUUUGGCCUGGAUCUUACACAGUGUUCGGGUUCUACAACCCAGAGGAAUCGGGAUCGACCUGCGUUAAACUGACAGCGAAAGUUGGAUCAGAAGAGGUAUACUUGGAAGAACGUAUGGAAACAGAGAAAUGUCUGUCAAGUGAAAAAUGGUCUGACCUAACCCGUUUGAUGGAGAAAGAACUACAAAAGUUGACAUCACCUGUGAAGAAACCAUCGUACGAUCCCAUUCCAGAACAGGAACACCAUUUGGUUGAAUCCACGGUAGUUAUAGAAGAAACAGGGCAGCAGAGGGUCAGUCAGGAUACCGGCUAUAUGUCUACCAAACGAUCCAUAGUCCAAUCCCCAUAUUCUGUUCGAUACACCUCUGACAGUGAAGAUGCGGCUUCUGUAAAAGAGAGACAGCCAUAUGAUAAGAAAAUAAGCAUGAGAAGAAAGGACACGCCAGCGCAUGGUUCAUUUCAUAUAGGACUGAGUCCUCAUCCUCAAGAUUUUAGAGACCGCCCACUUCAAGAUUUUAGAGACCGCCCACCUCAAGAUUUUAGAGACCGCCCACUUCAAGAGGAAUCCGAAGCGAAAACCUCUUCAGGGUCAGACUCAGUUUCUUCCCGUCCCAGCGAGAGAGCUUUAAUCAGACCAGCUUCUUCUCUGGGCAUACAUACAACUGACCCAAAAAAACAAGACUUUCCCUCUCCUCUACAGCUGUGUAUUACAGGGGAGACCGGUAUAUCAAAGUCGUAUUGCGAUCUUACAGGCACAGAUUUCCUCUCACCGGUAAACUCACCAUCAUACUCUGAUAAUGGAGGAGGAAAAACGACAACUAAACGUCGAAAGAAAAGAAGCAUAAUUAGCAAAAUCGGAGGGAUACCUGCAAAAGUUGAAUCAGAAAUAUCCCUAUUAGGAGCAACACACGCACUGGAAAAAGAAAUCGACGUAGGCGCCGAUGCUGAUGACGAAGAGGAUGCGAGUCACACAGAAAUUGACAAAUUAUCCGCUUAUGUGACCAAAGAUGAUCAAAACCAAAAAACAAACGGAUCGUCAAGAAAAGAAAGCGAAGAAAUUAAUUUAAGGACUACAUCUGUAAAUUCUGGAAAAGGAAUGGCACCUUUGCCUGAGAAUUUGGAUUUUUCUUUGAAAGAUGAAGGCACCAUUGGUCAGACAGAAGAAGGAACAGCUGAGAUAAAUGACCUGGGAGAAGAUAGAAUGGAAGUCAGCGAUUCAGAUAUAAACAAACGCAUAGAGGUACAGCAAAUUUCGUUUAGUAAACUGACAGAGCCACCUAUUUCAUGCCAAAGAGAUUCUGAUGCUCGUUUACUUUACUUAAAAGAUGUAAAGGAGAAUAAAAAUGAAUCCGGAAUAUUUGAAGAAGUGAAAAUCAAAGAAAAGGAAGUGUCUGAUAAAGAACGAAGUGAAGAAACGGAAGAACAAAUCGCAGAAGGUGUUGAAAAUGUAGAACAUAAAAACAUUGAUGAAUUUGAGAAAACGAGUUCAAGACCAAGGUCCAGAACUCUUUCAAAAAGGAACGUAUUUGAAAACAAGAAUGCAAAGCAAAAAUAUACCCGACAGUCCAAAUCCUUUUCCAUUCCGUCAAGGAGUUCUACGCCGAAACGUGGAGGUAAGAGAAAAGUUCCGCCCGUACAAGAUCUAUCGAAUGAAACGGCAAUGUCCAGUACGAUUGAGCCUCCACGUACGCCUAAAGAGGCUUUUAGCGAUUCAUAA